AUGGAUUCCCAACCUUCUUACGAUUUGUUAGUGAAAGGCAUUCAGUCCAUCGAUGUCAGAGGAGAUUUCAAUCCAUGUAAGCUUUUGCUCACAGGCGAUCAAGCCCAGCCGGUGCUUAAGGAUUCGAAGGGGCAAGUUCUCAUAGCUGCAUCCCAAUAUGGGAAAGGCCGGAUGGUGGUCAUGGGGCAUGAAGCCAUGUUAAAGCUUCCCCAGUUCUUGCCGUUCAUUAAAAACGCUCUGGAUUGGCUCAAACCUUCCCCAGCGUCAUCUUCUCCAAUGGCACUGGUAGGAGUCCACAGAAGCCUGGAUGCCCUCUCCAAAUUGCUCCUCAGUAAUGGUAUUAAAGUUCAUCCAGAUGCAACACUUGGGGACUCUCCUGAAGUAUUCUGCAGAGAUGCCUAUGAUAGUGCGCAGGCUGAUGACCUUGUGCUAUUUGUGAAAAGAGGUGGUGGACUGCUCAUUGGUGGCCAAGCUUGGCACUGGUCGUCUGAACAUGGGAAGGAUGCAGUCCUGAUUCAUUUUCCUGGAAACCUGGUAACCAGUGUGGCUGGAGUGUAUUUCACUGACAAUAUGGGAGAAAAUGCUAUUUUACCUGUGUCUGAAAAAAUUCCCAGGAUUCCCCUGAUCACCGAGCAUGGAUUAAACAUAGAAAGGGACUUACGGAUUCUUCUGAAUAGAGUGAAGAGACUCAAUGUAAAGGGUCUACUGUUACCAUCUCCCUUGCUUGUCCACGGAACCUUGGCAUUUCCAGUUGGCAUAAGUGAUAAAUACCACUGUUUCCUGGCAGCUGCAUACUACGGUCGAGGCCGCAUUAUAGUUGCCGGUCGUGAAGGCUUCCUCGAAAUGCCAUCAAUGAUACGUUUCUUCCUCAAUGCCAUCAAUUGGCUCUCUGCUGAAACGGAAAGAAAGAUGGGGAUUGGAGAAAGUUUACAGGGACUUUACUCCAUGUUAAACGAAGCACUGAUUCCCUGUGAGCUAACCAACUUUAAGGAAGGCCUAGGUAUAUACUGUUGUAUGGUCUAUGACGCCAAAGACAUAGAAAGCAUCCAUGAAUUUGUCUCUGAAGGAGGAGGACUCCUAAUUGGGGGUCAAGCUUGGUAUUGGGAUUCUGUGAAACCUGACUCCAGUGCUAUUGCAGAAUAUCCAGGAAAUAAGAUCCUGAAUAAGUUUGGAAUUGCGAUUGUUGGAAAAUUUAUUGAACUAUAUGAAACCAACUAUCCUGUCGGAGAGGUCCGCGAAAUAGCUUCCACUUAUCAUUUCCGGAAAGCAUUGUGGCUGUUCAAGAAACAUAUCCGAAAGGAGCAGGGUCUAAAACUACCAUAUUCCUUGUGGCUCCAGAAGUUGGUGCGAGACAUUGCGAUAUUCCUUGAGAUCCCAGCUAUGAACUCCCAUCCUUUCUCUUCAGUUCAUGAAGAAGUUCUAGAGUUGGCUCAAAUUAAAGGGAUUCCUGAGGUCGGUGUACAUAGCACAAUCCAAGCCAAUACAGACAUAGCCAUCUUACUUCAAUUAGCUUCUGUGCUCUAUAAUGCUGUACCAGAGUUUCAAGCCUUAGUACCCAGCCUGAUGCCAAAUGAUCCAAACUCUUAUCCUAUAGUACCUCCUCAAAACGUUCAAGUAAAUGGAAGCAAUACAGAAAAUGAAGCUUGGAGAAGCACUGGCAUGUUUGCUCCCCCAGCAUCAACGGUCACUUUAUUAUUCCCAGCCUCCACUCUCAAUGCAAAAUUGCAGGUGCAGAUUGGGUGCCAUAUUGAUAAUUUAGUCAAUGACAAGAGAUGGAGGCGUCCUCCAGUGGUCACAAGGCGUUUUAAGGUGAAGACUGCGAAGAUGGAGGUCUCCAGUUUGUGGGGAGGCCUCCUGUACAUCAUUGUACCAGAGAACUCUUCAUUGGGCUACUUCUCUAUCACCAUCGAAGGGGCCACCCAGGCUCCUUAUUUCAAGCAUGGUGAAACCAGCAUCCAGGAUUGGCAAGAUACUAUCCGCCAUUAUCCUGCUCCCUGGGCAGAACUGGAAACCGAAAAUAUCAUCCUCACACUGCCAUCGGAUACUAUACGUAGUCACGAUGGGAUCGCUUUCCUCCUCCAGACUUGGGAUCAGAUGAUGAGGGCCAUCACCCACUUAGCAGCCAUCCCUCCUAUUUUUCCCAGACCAGAGAGGGUUGUGGCAAAUGUUCAAAUAUCAGAAGAUUGGGUGCGCACUGGCUAUCCAAUCAUGAUUCAUCUGUGGGCCGUGCCUGCCUUCAUAGAUGUGCAAGCUUUCUACACUAAAGGAACCUGGGGCCCAAUUCAUGAACUCGGUCAUAACCAGCAGAAAAAUGGGUGGAAUUUCCCUCCCCAUACGGACGAAGCCACCUGCAACCUCUGGGCCGUUUACGUCAAUGAGACCGUGCUGAGCAUCUCCCGAGAAAUAGCCCACCCAGACCUUCAACCGGGUGCAAGAAAGGAGAGGAUUGAGAACUACAUUAGAAAUGGAGCUAAUCUGGACGACUUUGAAGUGUUCACUGCACUUGAACCCUAUUUGCAGCUGCAGGAAGCCUUCGGUUGGGACCCCUACAUCCACAUUUUCGCGAAAUACCAAACCAUGAGCAACAUCCCAGAUGAGAAAAAGGACAAGAUGAACCUGUGGGUAGAAACCUUCUCUCAGGAAGUCAAAAGAAACCUGGCUCCUUUCUUCAAAACUUGGGGGUGGCCCAUUGAGGACAGUGUCUCUGAGAAGCUGGCCUUAUUCUACCCCGCCUGGGCAGAGGAUCCCAUGAUAGAAAUUCCUGAAAACAGCUCUCCUGCCGGAGAGGCCUGCGAAAUAGCUUCCACUUAUCAUUUCCGGAAAGCAUUCUUGAAGUUCAAGGAACAUAUUCAAAAUGAACUGAUUCUAGAAACAACAUAUUCCUUGUGGCGGCAGAGGUUGGUGCAAGAAAUUGCAAUAUUCCUUGAGAUCCCAGCUACAAACUCCCGUCCUUUCUCUUCAGUUCAUGAAGAAGCUCUAGAGUUGGUUCAGAUUAAAGGGAUUCCUGAGGUCAGUGUACAUAACCGAAUCCAAGCUAAUUCAGACCAAGCCAUCUUACUUCAAAUAGCUUCUGUGCUCUAUAAUGUUCUGCCAGAGUUUCAAGCCUUAGUACCCAGCCUGAUGCCAAAUGAUCCAAAUUCUUAUCCUAUAGCACCUCCUCAAAACAUUCAAGUAAAUGGAAGCAAUAAAGGAAAUGAAGCUUGGAGAAGCACUGGCAUGUAUGCUCCUCCAGCAACAACAGUCACUUUAUUAUUCCCAUCCUCCACCCUCAACGCAAAAUUGCAGGUGCAAAUUGGGUGCCACACCGAUAAUUUAGUUGAUCUCAAGAAAUGGAAGCGUCCUCCAAUGGUGACAAGGCAGUUUCCGGUGCAGACGGAGAAGAUGGAGGUCUCCGGUUUGUGGGGAGGCCUCUUGUACAUCAUUGUACCAGAGAACUCUUCAUUGGGCUACUUCUCUGUCACCAUCGAAGGGGCCACCCAGGCUCCUUAUUUCAAGCAUGGUGAAACCAGCAUCCAGGAUUGGCAAGAUACUAUCUGCCACUAUCCCGCUCCCUGGGCGGAACUGGAAACCGAAAAUAUCAUCCUCACGCUGCCAUCGGAUGCUGUACGUAGUCACGAAGGGAUCGCUUUCCUCCUCCAGACCUGGGAUCAGAUGAUGAGGGCCAUCACCCACUUAGCAGCCAUCCCUCCUAUUUUCCCCAGACCAGAGAGGAUUGUGGCAGAUGUUCAGAUAGCAGCAGGUUGGAUGCACGCUGGCUAUCCAAUCAUGAGUGAUGUAGGUGCCCUAUCUGAGAUCAUAGAUGUGCAAGAUUUCUAUGCUAAAGGAACUUGGGGCCCAAUCCACGAACUCGGUCAUAACCAGCAGAAAAGUGGGUGGAAUUUCUCACCCCAUACAGACGAAGCCACCUGCAACCUCUGGUCCGUUUACAUCAAUGAGACCGUGCUGAGCAUCUCCCGAGAAAUAGCCCACCCAGAGCUUCAACCACAUGCAAGAAAGGAGAGGAUUGAGAACUACAUUAGAAAUGGAGCUAAUCUAGACGACUUUGAAGUGUUCACUGCACUUGAACCCUAUUUGCAGCUUCAGGAAGCCUUUGGUUGGGACCCCUACAUCCGCAUUUUUGCGAAAUACCAAACCAUGAGCAACAUCCCAGAUGAGAAAAAGGACAAGAUGAACCUGUGGGCAGAAACCUUCUCUCAGGAAGUCAACAGAAACCUGGCUCCUUUCUUCAAAACCUGGGGGUGGCCCAUUGAGGACAGUGUCUCUGAGAAGCUGGCCUUAUCCUACCCCGCCUGGGCUGAGGAUCCCAUGAUAGAGUACCGGCACUCUUGAAGGACCAGAAGCCAAGAUCAUCCUCAUCAGAGAACACUGGAAUUGAGCAGAUGUUUUACUUAAAACUGAGUCUGAUAGUAUCAAUGAUUUUUUCUAUUUAGCUGUUGCGCAUAGAGGAUUUCAGCUCCACUAUUUGGUUGCUACCUUUUUAAAAAAAAUCUCUUUCUUAGGGGAAUCCUUAUUCUUGCAAUCUUUAGAACUUAAAAUUUUAAAUCCACGUGGAAAACACACACACACACACACACACACACUCCUACCUUAUUUUAAUCACUGAUCCAAUAUAGGGAAAUGGGUAAACUAUUUGCUAGCAAUAUGAGGCUGAAAGGAAAGAGAACCUCAUAUUUUCAUUAUAACCUCUAAUAUUCUGUUAAGUUUAGUUUCCAAAUUGGCAUUUCCUGUAUUUUUCACAAAGAACUCUCUCUAAUGAUGCCACACAUUUGAAAUGAUGAUUAUUAAGCUCUUUGCGGGUCUAAAUAAAAAUUGUGUAUAUUAAAAAUAUAACUGUUUGAUCUUUCUCAAUGGCUUGUGCCCUCCGAUUUACUUGAUCCUUUCUGAAUUGAGUGGAUUCUGGGUUCUAUCAUGUUUGUUGUUGUUAGUUGUGAAGUUGUGUCUGACCUAUCACAACCCCAUGGACAGUGUUCCUCCAGGCCUUCCUGUCCUCUACCAUCCUCUGGAGUCCAUUUAAGCUCACGCCGACUGCUUCAGUGACUCCAUCCAGCCACCUCGUUCUCUGUCGUCCCCUUCUUCUUUUGCCCUCAAUUGUUCCCAGCAUUAGGCUCUUCUCCAAUGAGUCCUUCCUUCUCAUUAGGUGGCCAAAGUAUUUGAGCUUCAUCUUCAGGAUCUGGCCUUCUAAGGAGCAGUCAUGGUUGAUCUCCUCUAGGACUGACCUGCUGGAUCGCCUUGCAGUCCAAGGAACUCGCAGGAGUCUUCUCCAGCACCAGAGUUCAAAGGCCUCCAUUCUUUGGCGCUCAGCCUUCCUUAUGGUCCAACUUUCACAGCCAUCCAUUGCAACUGGGAACACCAGAGCCUUGACUAUACACACUUUUUUGGGCAGGGUGAUGUCUCUGCUUUUUAGCAUGCUGUCUAGAUUUGCCAUAGCUUUCCUCCCCAGGAGCAAGCAUCUUUUAAUUUCUUGGCUGCAGUCCCCAUCUGCGAUGAUCUUGGAGCCCAGGAAAAUAAAAUCUGUCACUACUUCCA